GAGAAAGAAGAAAAGUAAAACCUUACCAAUGAAUAGGCUCGAUCCGAAUGGACAGUCCUAGCCCACAGUGUGUUGGACGGGCAAGCGAGCCAGUGCAAAUGUCAAUGCGAGACGAGCGAAGCUCAGGCAAUCAAUCUCGAGCAGAGCGCUUUCAAUUGUAUCCGGGGUUAACGGCUCCUAUGCUAGAACAGGCUGGAUAUGCGAGAGACGCCGAUGCUGGAGUGAUGGCGACUCGAGAGGGUUGUUUUGACGAGAACAAAGAGAGGCGCGAAGUAUGCAGCAGAGAAGAUGCAAACAGGACUCAACGAGGACGGGGCGUAAAUUGGAUAUAUGGACGCAAGGACCCGGGACACACGGGGAUGGGAAAAGAGGGUGGGCGCGAGAGGGACCGAGAUACAACUCCAGGGAGUGGAGAGGACCGGGGAGGGGCGUGGAUUGGGGCAGUAACUAGGCCUGAUGCACGCAAGCACGAGUCCAGAAUGCGACAAGGCACAAACGAAGCAGCAAGGACAGAAACGAGGACGAGGUCGAGGUCGAGGUCGAGGUCGAGGGGAGGACGAGAAGAAGACGAGAGAGAGGCUUGGAGACGGAUUAGAAACCAGUCCGGACUCAGCCCACCGCAGGCUGCUGCCUAACAGGCGUCCCUGUUUGGGCCUAGCGCAGGUGUGGGCUGAGGCGUAAGCGCUGCGGAGGACGAGCAUCCCUGCCCACUGAGGCCGCUGGCGGUACCUGGCGGUAGGGAGAGCCGCAACG